AAUAUUGUUAUCGGAAGAGGAACAUGACCGAGCGAAGUGCGCAGUAGGAAUUAGUGCCCUCUCUCUCUUUCUCUCUCUCUCUCUCUCCUCCAUAAAAACCCCAUUCCCUCCGAUCCUAUAUUCAGCACCUCUUCGUCUGCGUCAUCGCCUUCUCGUCUCUUCGCGAUCGUUCCAAUGGAGGUCGACACCGUACCUUCUCGCUCCUCCGAUCUCGCACCGCCCACAUUCCCGCGCUCCUCCGCGGCGGAGUUCGAAACCGCGUCCGCGGAAGUCGCUCGGGAACGCGGAGCGCUCGAAACCGCGGCGGAGGGCGCCGCUUCCGACCACAACGAGCUCCGAUCGACGGCGCGCGACGCGAUUUUGGCCCCGCCGGAGCUCGAUCCGACGGCGGCGGGAGAUCCUCCGAGCGGAUCGGAGGCCGCGGAGUCUCCGACCUUCGACAAAUCCGAGUUCAAGGCCGCGACGAAGGUGCAGAAGGUGUAUAGAAGCUACCGCACCAGGCGCAAGUUAGCGGACUCGGCGGUCGUCGCCGAGGAGCUAUGGUGGCAAUUGAUAGAUUACGCUCGGCUGAGCCAUAGCACCAUCUCCUUCUUCGACAAUCCCAAGCCGGAGACCGCGGCCUCGCGGUGGAAUCGUGUUAGCUUGAACGCUUCCAAGGUAGGUCAGGGUUUAUCUAAAGACGCUCCAGCUCUCAAGCUUGCUUUCCAGCACUGGAUUGAAGCCAUUGAUCCACGACAUCGGUAUGGGCACAAUCUGCACUCCUACUAUGAUGAAUGGUGCAAAAGCCAGGCUGGCCAGCCAUUCUUCUACUGGCUUGAUAUUGGAGAUGGAAGAGAUGCGGAUCUAAAAGAAUGCCCAAGGUCGUUGCUGAGGAAGCAAUGCAUCAAGUAUCUUGGCCCUCUAGAGCGAGAGCACUAUGAGUAUGUGCCAGUAGAGGGGAAAAUUGUGCACAAACAGACUGGAGAGCUGCUUGAUACAAAUAAAGGACCUGAAGGAACAAAAUGGAUUUUUGUUAUGAGUACAGCCAAAAGACUGUUCGCUGGUCAGAAAAAGAAAGGAAUAUUUCACCAUUCCAGCUUCUUAGCAGGAGGUACGACCAUAGCAGCUGGGAGGUUCACUGCUGAUGAGGGAGUUCUGAAGUCCAUCUGGGCAUACAGUGGGCAUUACAAACCAAGUGAGGAGAAUCUCAGCAACUUUUUAAGCUUGCUUAGAGAGAAUGGAGUUAAUCUGGAUGAAGUCGAGAUACGAUCAUCUUCCAAUGAAGACUAUUACGACGAUCCAAAUCAAACUCAAUUGACGAACAUAAUUGGAGCUAUGAGAAUCUCCAAACCUCCCGAGCUCAAAAUCCCUCCACAAAUAGCAAAAGACAAAAGCACAGAACAAACCAUCGUUUCUCAACUCGAAGAGAAGGGUCCAGUCAAUGAAGAAGCCAAACCAAUCUACAAAAGGACAUUAUCUGGUGGCCUACAGAGCCCGAAAGCUGCGGUACCCAAGAAGGCAAUACUGGAAAGGAUCAAAUCGAAGAGGAAAUCGAGUUCAUACCAGCUGGGGCAUCAACUUUCCUUGAAGAAUUGGUGCACAGGAGCUGGUCCCAGGAUUGGGUGUGUCACGGACUACCCUGUGGAGCUGAGGGUACAAGCUUUAGAGUUUAUGGAUCUCUCUCCCAGAGAGUGCACUCCAUUAGGUUCUAGCAGGAUCCUUUCGGGCCUAUCACCUAGGCCUAUCAUGUCGCCCACCUACGCCACGUCUCCAAUCUCUGCUUCUACCAUGGUGUAACCGACUGUAGCUGCAAUACAACCAACCUACGCCCUUUGAAUCUGCUAAUGCUGCAAAUGUUGUGAUGUGAGCCAACCUCCUUGAACUUCCUAGCUGGAACUCUGCCUUUUCACUCUAGCUUUAAAGGAUCUGAGACACAAGUGCAAUCCUUUUUUCUGAAUUGGCAGCUGAUUUAAGAUCAAUGUAACUAUUGGUAUGCAGAAUAAGAGUUUCAUGUUUGCGUAGAGAAUUUGUUGGGAAGUGUUUAGUA